AUGACACGUUCUUCUUUAAGCAAAGAAAAGGCAGAAUUUAAUGGAGAAAUCUUAAAAGCACUUUUGAAACUUCCGGGAAAUAAAUACUGCUCAGAUUGCAAACGUAAUGAUCAUCCGAGAUGGGCAAGUUGGUCUUUAGGGGUAUUUUUGUGUAUUCGAUGUUCAGGUGUGCAUCGGAGUAUGGGAACACAUAUUAGUCGAGUUAAAUCGGUUGACCUAGAUGCAUGGACAGACGAGCAGUUAGAAAAUAUGGUUCGGUGGGGAAAUACUCGGGCAAACAAGUACUGGGAAGCAAAACUAAUUCCAGGUCAUAUUCCUUCCGAAAAUAAGAUUGAGAACUAUAUUCGUACUAAAUAUGAGUCAAAAAGAUGGGUUAUGGAUGGACCAAUACCAGAUCCUUCUACUUUGGAUAAAAAUGCUGAUAGUGAAAUUUUCUAUAAUAUUUUAAAUAAUAGAAUUUUGGAAAAAAAACAAAAUUUAUCUACCACAUUUAACAAUUUAACAUCUCAAACACUUACAAAAGACUCUGCAUCUAAUAAUUUAUUUUGUUUUCCAGAAAAAGAAAGUAUUUUAUUGUGUUAUGAUACUCUUUCUGAAUCAAAUUUAAAAAACUGUAUUAAUAUUUCGAAAUUAGAUCUAUCAAUACCAGGAACUCAAGCAAAAACUUCAGAAGUUGAUCUUAAAGCAUCCAUUUUGUCUCUUUAUUCAACUGCACCUUCACUUCAGUCAAAUAGUUCAACAAAUCAUUCUACAGUAGAACCAUCUUUACACGAAACUUGGAAAACAUCUAAACAUGAAUUGAAGCUUUCUAACUCUUUAAAAGAUAUUUCUGAAGACCUUAAAGGCCUAGAGUUUUCUGAAAAGAAAGAAGUAUUAAAUACUUCUGAAUCUUACAGUUUUUCGAACCCUUCUGUAUCCUAUUUACUCAAUACACAAAAAUUAUCACCUGUCUUCACAUCUUUUAACACAUCUGCAUCCAAAAAUAAAACAUCGGAAGUAAUUCAUAACCAUGUAUCAGAGUCUAGCGGAAGUAUAUCGUCAAGUAAUUGUGCUUUAAAAUCAGAAAAUAUAUCCAAGGAAAAUAUAACAGAACCAUCAAAAAUCCUUCAAGAUUCUGUUCCAGAUUUUUCUAUUAAACAAUGGGAAAAUGAUUCAUUAGCAUUCAGUGAUUUUCAAUCACCCUCGCUCAUACUUAAUACUUCUGAUACUUUAUCAUUGCAUACUUCUCCAUGGUCAACAGAUAAACCGAAGGAAACAAAUAAUAAUUUUAAUGAUUACCAAAUAACAGCACUUCAUAACCAAGAUAUAAACGAUAAGAAUAGCCUUUUUUAUGAUAGUUCUAUCAUUUCUACUACUGACGUAUGGAAAUAA